GAACGUUGGAGUUGUUUUCGAAGUCGGUGGGCCCGAUCGAAGGCGGCCGGCCGCCAGUGGAGUGCGGCAACGGAGCGUGAAUUGAAUGUGCGAUGGGAUGCGUUGCGUCUGCCUCCGUCGUCUUCGGUUCGGCGCGACUGUGCCCGCGCCCGCACCGUUCGAAAGGAAGACGCUGACGCAGGUCACACGUUCGACUUGGACAUGAUAUUUUUUUCCGUGAAGAGAGCGGCGAGCGCAUCACGCGCGACCACACGAUGCGCCCAGCGUUGAACGACGCAACCAUCUACAGACCGAUCACGCGCGGCGCAAACCUCGGCACGGUCAAAGUGCUCAGAGAGGGCUUACAGAGCCAACAAAGCACCAGUGUUUUCCCCAUCGCGUUCCGACACAACUGUCUCGCAUAUGGAGCUCAAAGCGCGCAAGCAAGCCGAAGAAUCAACGAAUUCUGACCCCGAAACAAAGGCGCACUGCCGAGCGUGUCUAUGUCUACAAGCACGUUGUGGAUGCAACAGGGGUGAAAAUCCUCGAUGACUGUAAACUCUCGCACGUUGGCGAAGAUGUCGAACCGCGACAGGGCUCGCUCGAGCCAGGACGUGGCGAACGGAAUGAUGGCAGCGCGGCGUUGUUGCUCAGCGGAAACGACCAGGUGUAUCAUCCUGAACCAGUUGCAGCCCCGAUGUCCCCAGAGAGGGUGGAACCCGAUGGAACUCCCGACACGCGCUUUGCAUCGAUUUGCAUUGCUACGCCGGCCUCAAGCAGCAACGACCGACCCCAUGCUGCGGAUCGGUCCUCCACCACAAGGAGUAGCCAAUCUAGCCCAGUUCGAGCCGACGUGGCGCCGGACGAUAUCCCGUGGAACCGCCUCUCCCCACGAAGCACAGGAGCCCCGGCAGGACCAGUGCACGCCGUUGGAAUGCCUGACAUGAGGUACUCGGUCAACCAGUGCUUCUACCUCUCUGCCCAUCCAUCUUGGCCGGGACAAACUCGCCCUUCUCGCACGAGCAAUGUGCCUGGCACAUCGUCCAAUCGACCAUAUGCCACGACGUCGAGCACUGCCGCCAGCAGUCCAUGUCGAGCCAACGGUAUGCCCGACAUGCCACGAACGGCUCAACCCCAAGCUGUAAGGCGAGCAGUUUGUCGGCGGCUUCGUCGAGUUGUGGACUUUGCAAAGCGGAUGGCACUCGUGGCAUGAGAUAUGCCUGCAAUCGCAAGCGCUAGCCGCCCAGGCCACGACCUUUUUCUUGAGAGCCAACAUGUACCAACAAGUGCGCUCGUUGUGGCAUGGAGCUUUCACGAUUUUGAGAAAGGGGACAACGCACCUUGGCAGCAUGUACACUGCCAUCGCAGGCGGUGCGUGUGUGUUUUUGCGUCGCGUAGGCCGACGUCGACUGGGCAAACAUGGCGUGGAUGGAAGAGAACUGGAAGCCACGAAUGUGCGAUGCUGCACGUUGCAACCGCCGCCGCCAUGGGCCAUCGCGGCGAUACGUAGCACUGCCUCGUUGUGCUCCAUUCUCGACGAGUUUGACCUGUGCAGCGCACGUCGUCGCUUCGAUUCCCAUGCACGAUCUCGAUAAACGCGCCGCUGGGAAGCAUUCCAGCACGCAGCAUGGCCGGUGUCGCCAACUUCGACAUGCCGGCUGCCCCUGUCGCCGGUCGACUCUCUGUCGAACCCACCACGUGUAGGAUGGAGGAGCGCAGCCGAUCGUGCCCACCGAUUGAAUCUAACAUGCACGCCCUGAUCUUCUGUGGCUGUUUGGGGCGCGCCCAACGGUCGACGUGCUCGUAUGUACUCGACUGUCAUGGUCGCGAUCUGGUUUGCCCGAGUGGUUGGCAGCAAAAAUCGUUUGUCGCGAUGC